CCCAUAACCAAAAGUGUUGAAAAUGACAUAACUGAAGGUGGUAAUUCUGAAGAUGAAUCUGAGAAUAGUCCACUAAGAGAAAUACAUACCGAGCAGACCUUUACUUUUUUUGAAGUGCUUGAGCAAUGCUUAAAAUGCUAUUCAACUCGAAUGAGUUUUAAAACAAAGAUAGUACAAGUAGAUUCUAUGAAAAAUCAAGAACGAGAGUCAGCAUAUAUUGAUUGUAAGUUUCUGCUAAAUGCUUCAUAUCGAAAACAUCCAAAUCUUGUCUUUAUCAACAAGUUUAAUGAGAAGCAUACUCACAAUUUGAGUAAUAGUGAAUUGCUUCAACAAUUUUCACCAUCUUUUCGAAAAAUAUUAUAUAAUAAGUUUCCUAAACAAAAAAUAUUUAAUAGAGAUCUUUAUAAUAUGAUAAGCAAAUUUAAAUCUGAAGCUCAAAACAAAAAUGAUGCAUUGACUUUGUAUGAAUAUUUAACAAAGUUAAAACAAGAAAUCCCGAUUGGUAUUUUAAGGUUGAUUUUAAAGGCCCAGUUCCAUGAUGUUGUUAUUAACAACAAUAUAUGCAAAACAAACAAAUAUAUGAUGCCUUUGAGUGUCUUUGUUAUAAUUAAUUUAAAUCAUCGAAGCCAAAUUGCAGCUAUAGCUGUG